AUGCAUUUAAGUGGUCUCUUUCCCCUAGGAGUGAUUGCUGCCGUGGUGUUCGUGCUCAUUUGCCUGCUGGUGGUGAUGGUCAGGUACAUGUACAGGCACAAGGGCACCUACCACACCAACGAGGCCAAAGGAACGGAGUUCGCCGAAAGCGCGGAUGCCGCUUUGAAAAAUGACCCCGCUCUCCAGGAAGCUGUGGAUGAGAGCAAAAAGGAGUAUUUCAUCUGAGAGGCAAGGAUUUCCAUGGAGACUUCCCCAAGGGAAUCAACCAGAAAUAUAACAUCAACAGAAGUACUAAGAGAUGGAUAAUAUGAGGAUACAGGCGAGCAUCCUAAUUGAAAAGUAUCUCUUUACGUUUUUUGUCACUGGGUAGUUUCUUUUCCUCUAGCAGUGAAGAACUAAAUGCCAGACACUUCCCUGUUGAUUUUAUUAGCAACACAGCUGGUCACAGUUGAAAUCAAUAUCAUAUAAGAAGGAACAAAAUCUCAGUGAGUGAUACGCCAAAACCAGAUAAAGAUAGCAAAUGUCAAGCCUUGACAUUUGGUGAAAAUAGCAGAUGCCAAAUGAAAACAUCCUCUUAGAGUUAAUGAUGCAUCCUAUUCUGAUACGAUGAAGAACUACCUGAAAUUGAAUUUCAAAUGGAAACAGAACAAACAUUAAACUAGAUAAAGGUGAUCUAGCUCCAAAAAAAAAAAAGAAUCUGUAGCCCAUAUGUCCCCCCCAUC